UCAGGAUGGCUUCUCUCACGCUGUUGCUGCAUCUGCUGCUCAUGGUCACAGCUGCAUCUGCAUGGCACUACAGAAACAGGUACAGGUUCUUAGGUGGAUCUCUGAACUUCACACCUAAAGGAAGGAAUUCAAACGGAACCUAUGAGCUGGAAAUUCGUGACAAGCAAACUACAUACUACUGCAGACAGAAUUACUACACUUGCCUAAGUGGCAACUGUGGGACCCAGACCCAGUCUACCAAUGGACUAGUUGCCAGGAACUCCUAUGGUUUGAGCUGGUGCCAGUAUGAAAGGACGACAAAAACAAAUCUCCCCAGCAACCUCCCCUUUGAGAUCAGAUAUCCUACUUACCUAAGUUCCUACUAUGGCGAUGGUUACUGGAUAUCAAACGUCUGAAGCUCUAUGUCUUACUGGAGAAUGAUGGCACAUGUGGACCUGGGAACACGAUCUGACACCGGUGAAUCAAACAGAUCUCCCCUCAUUACCACGCUGCCCGUCCUCAGAGUUCCAAGAAACUGCCCCCGAUCAUUCAAUCUGACAGCGUUUGACCCUGAUGGUGACCAUGUGAGAUGCAGAACACCAUCCAGCUCAAACACCUAUGAGUGUGGUUUAUGCGGUGUCACCAGUGGUUUCUCUGUAGACCAGACUUCCUGCUCCCUAACAUACACCUCCAGUGGUCCAACUGGAUACCAUCCCAUUGAGCUUGUGGUGGAGGAUUUCCCCAACAGACCGAUCACUCUGUCUUACUCUGAUGGAACCUACACAUUGAAGGAACCACUUUCAGGAGGAAGGCGUAAACGUCAAGUGGCAUUUUCCACCACAUCUGUUCUUCCAACCACAACUCCUCCAACAACAACAACGACUUCUCCAAUAACCACCACUCCUCCAUCGACAACAACUCCUCAAACCACCACCACAACUCCUCCAUCGACAACAACUCCUCAAACCACCACCACAGCUCCUCCAACAACCACAACUCCUCAAAUCAUCAACACAACUCCUCUACCCGCCACAACUCCUCAAACCACUACUACAACUCCUCUACCCACCACAACACCUCAAACCACCACCACAACUCUUCAAACAACCACAACUCCUCAAACCACUACCACAACUCCUCCAAUUACCACCACUCCUCAAACCACUACCACAACACCUCAAACCACAACGACAACUCCUCAAACCACUACCACAACGCCUCAAACUACUACCACAACUCCUCAAACCACUACCACCACUCCUCAAACCACUACCACAACACUUCAAACCACUACCACAACUCUUCAAACAACCACAACUCCUCAAACCACUACCACAACUUCUUCACCCACCACAACUCCUCAAACCACUACCAUGAUUCCUCCAACAAACACAACCAACACAUCAACUGCUCCAAAUACCACAACUUCUCCAACAACAACCACAACUACUCCAACAACCACAACUACUCCAACAACCACCACAAUAGCUCCAACCGCAACCAACACCACAACUGCUCCAAAUACCACAACUUCUUCAACAACAACCACAACUACUCCAACAACAACAACAACUUCUCCAACAACCACCACAAUAAGUAUUCCAACAACAACAACAACCACAACUACUCCAACAACAACAACAACAACCACAACUUCUCCAACAACAACCACACCAUAUUUCCGAACAACCAUUGCUCCACUCAGCAAGAUUCCUCUGCAAUUUACAGUUUAUGUGGACUACCACAACGCCCCCUCAUGUCUUGAUGGUGAUUAUUUUCCCAUUUUCUUGUCACCAACUCCUGCAAAUGGAGUAAAUCUUCCAGCAUUUGUCAACCACACCCUCGAAAUCACAGUCAGAUCCACAGCUCAGUUCCCCACGAUUUAUGACCUGAUUGUGACAGGACCAAGAGGCAUUACGAAGCAGAAAGUCUCCACAGAACUAUAUACAAUACAAUGGACGCCAACUGAACAGGAUGUCAACGAUCACUUUCCAAUCUGCUUCAUUUCUGAAGCAAGAGACAGAUACAACCGAGUCUAUCAGUCAGAGCUUCGUUGUGUGACCGCUGAUGUUGGACACCAAGAGGCCACUGUGACGUGUAAUGAAACUACAUUAACCGUGGAAGUGGAGAAAUCGUACCUCAUCAGACGCAACUUGGACAACCUGCAUCUGAACAACGUUGCAGAUUCUUCCUGCAACCUGACAACUCACUCCAAUGAGACCCACCUGGUGGCUGUCAUGUCACUGAAUGCCUGUGGGACUCAAGUGGAGGAGGAUGAAGACAACAUCAUCUUUUUAAACGAGAUCUCAUCUGCUGACCCAGAUGAAAUCAUCUCCAGGCGGCACGACGUUGAGAUCGCCUUUUCCUGCUCUUAUCCAAAGAGAACCAACCUGACCCUGGGCUUCCGACACAAAAACCCAUACGCCUUCACAGAGAAAGGCUUCGGUGCUUUCACCUUUCAGUUUGAGUUCUUUGAGAGCCAACGCUUUAGGAAACAAGUGGAUGGCAGCACCUACCCAGUGGAGGUAUACCUGAAGCAGAUGAUCUUCAUGCAGAUUGAGGCGACCACCAACAUCCCCAACACUGAGCUGUUUGUGGAGUCCUGCAAGGCAACUCCCUAUGACAACCCCAACUCCCGCAUCAGCUACACCAUCAUCGAAAAUGGGUGUGUGAAGGACAAAACUGUGCAAAUCUACCCCAGCUCCAAGUCUCAGUUCAGAUUUGGAAUGGAGGCUUUUGAGUUCAUCGGUGCUCAUGAUGAGGUCUACAUCACAUGCUCCGUUCUCCUGUGUGAGAGCGGCGCCUCUGGAACCCGGUGUUCUCAGGGAUGCAUCAGCUCCAACUCAGGGACGCAUCGAAGAAAAAGGGAAGCUGCAGCUGAGACUGGAAGACACUCCAUUUCCCAGGGACCUUUGCACCUGGUCAAGACUUCUGACAGCCAAUCAUCUGGCCUGAGCAUGAAUCUGGGUGUGAACCUGGUCUUCAUCAUCGGCUGCCUCCUGGUAUGUGCGGUGGUGGUCUGCAGAGCAAAGAGGUCCAGAGCUAAAUACCAGGCCCUGCCUACCUCUGAGGAAGACUAAAGACCAAAAAGGUUCUUUGGUUGUUUGAACUUUGAAAUGCUAAAAAUGAUCCUGUCAGCUGUUCCAAAAGAAAUCCAUGGUGAAUGAUUAAAAUCUACACAGUUCAAACAGUUACUUGCGGUGUAUUCCCCAAACACACACCGAAUAAAUAAAAAUAAAAAUAAAAAAAUAAAUUCUGUCCUCUCACUGACAGUUUGUUCUCCAGUGAUUGUAUACUGUAUGACGUGCAAUAUAUAUAUAACUCUCAUAAAUAGAUGUCAGGUGUGACACUAAAUUCCAGAUACAAUAUGCCAGUUGUACAUUGGUACAUUGUGAUCAGGAUGUUAUAUUUUUAAAAUUUUUUUGGUGGUGGAAAUUUCUGAAGAAAUUAAAUAAAGAACACUCCAACCA